AUGGUGGCUGCUUGGACUCCAAAAAGGCUCUUUCGCCUCUCCCUCUUGCUUUAUUCCCUCCAUCUCCUCCUCUCCUUUGCCCACAGGGCCGGGGUUGGGAGCUGUCGAGGAGAGCUGGGUCUAAGGCCAGGUGUGGCCCGUGAUUCUGAAGCUUGUGGGCUGAGCGUUCAGCUGAAGCAUUCAUUUGAACUGGAUGACAGUAGAUUCAAAAAGCGAGGCACCCUUUUGUGGAACGUGAGCCCUGAUCCCAAUCUUUCACUAAGUCAGAAACAGUUGACUUCAGAGGAGUGCAACAAACUUAGGGAAGUGGCUACUGAGGGCGGGCUCUACCGCGUGCGGAUUCCAUGACAGCCCCUGGGGAGCACAGAGGACCGUGGAGUUGAAUAUGUCACCUCUUUUGUUCGAGCGUGUUCCAUGGUGGAAUCCCAUCUGUCAGAUAGGCUGACAGUUUACACAGAUGUUGCUGGGAAUAUCAUUGGCCUUUCCAUUGUCACUGUGCCAGGCUCCUGUCAUUGGGCUGAGGUGGAGAAUGUGGACUUGGAACUGUUCAAUACCACUGUCAUCCUACAGCAGCACAUCCCAGCAGCAAUCCCUGAGACAGCAGCAUUUACUGAACGCAUGGAGCAAGAGCAGGCCCAGAAAGCCAAGAAUCCACAGAAGCAGAAAUCUUUCUUUGCCAAAUAUUGGAUGUACAUUAUUCCCAUCGUCCUUUUCCUGAUGAUGUCUGGAGCUCCUGAUGCAGGAGGGCAAGGAGGGGGCAAUGGAGGCAGUGCUGGGGGAGGGGGACAGUGA